AUUGCAUUGGUUCCGCAUUUAAUAUAAAGGGAGCGAUGCAGUGCCCUAAUUGUCGAAAAAUUGAGAAAGGUCAAUGGCUUUAUGGUAAUGGUUGUCGUCCGUUGCCUGAGUUUAACAUGGAUGACUGGGCCCAUGAUGAUGAUCUUUAUGGUCUAAGCUACUCUGAAAUGGUAAAGCUAAUGAAUAAUACUUACUCUUAA